AUGGAAGGGAAUGUGUCGGACGCGGAUUACUUCGAGCAGAUGGAGGCUCAUCUCCGAUUCGAUCUGGAAAUGGAGGUGCUGGACCUGGAGAGCUGCCUGGAAGCUGGAGGAUCGAUUGACAGGCCAACAAAUGCUGCUCCAGUGCAGGAGGAGGAGCGAAGGCCGCUGAGUCUACGCCAGGAGCUUGCCAAGGCACGGCAGAUCAAGAGCGUCUCGUCGCGGCCCAGGAAGCAGGCAAGGAGAAAGAGUAGUGUGAGGAUUCUCCAGCCGCGUAGCGAUCGGCAAAGGAGGAGCCAGAGAUUGGUAGAGUGUGAGAGGAAGGGUGCCGGGAUUCCAGUGGCGUGCCGGGAAAGAAUGGAUGAUGGUGAGCUCGAGAAAGAUGGUGGAGACGAAAAUGGUGAUCGUGUGGAAAAUCCAGUGCCAUCUAUUGACGCACUUCACAAGAUCGUGGAGAAAAGUAUGCCUGACAAAGAAGAGAUUGUGCUCGAGAGAAGCCUGUUGGUCGACGACGGGGCCAAAGCCGAGAGGAAGCGUCCAAGCGAAAGCAUUGAUGACAUCGAUGACAGGUUAUGCGACAAGACGAGUAUCGAGGAGGAAGCAGGAACGAGCACUUCGGGUGCCAGUAAAGAAGAUCUAGCGAGUUUGAAGCUCGAAAGAAAACGCUCGAAGGGGGGAAAGGCCGCACCAGUGAAGACCAAGCAGCAGCGAUUGGGGGCAAUGGCUCGACCGAGCGAUCCACACAAGGUAACAGAGAAGAGUCUAGCCGGCAAUCUAGAUCCUCAAUUCAACGAACAAGAAGUUGACCGGGGAGUGGCUGAGCCGGAUUUGGCUGAGAAAGAAGGACCGAAGAGUAAUGGAUCAGUUGACGACGAUCGGGUGAAGAACUCGGAGAAACCAACGAGCACUCCAAAGAGCAAGGAAUCCGAAGAGCUGCUCCACCAGCAAAGCAGAGUACCGGCUGGUGACAAUCUUCUGGGAAAUCCCGAGAAACGAAGUGAGGAGGAGCCGUCUCCAGGGAAUGAGAUGGCGAGUGAUUGCAUCGAGUACUCGUGGGAGCCAUCUCUACCUUUGGAAGCAGUGGCUGUCGAGGACAAGUGUGCUGAGGUUGUGGUCGCAGUGGUCACAGAGAACAAAACUUUAGCUCCGAUACAACAACAAAAGAUGCCAUCUCUACCUUUGGAAGCAGUGGCUGUUAAGGACAAGCCCUCAUCGCGGACAGACAGGAGAAAUGUGGAAAAUGCUCGAAAGCGCGAAGAGCAAGAGUGUAAAGGUGAUGGAGUGGAAGACAAGGGCGAUAGAAAUCUGGAGCUGUUGGCGGCACCAGUGGAAGAGCCAAAGCGUCUACAGCCGAAAAGAAUAGCGAGAAGACGAGACAGGUCCCAUGAGGAGACAGCUGAGAAGCAAGCUCGCGGAUCUUCUAAGAUGGCCGAAACAGAGCCCGUGAAGAAGUCGAGGAAGGAUUUGGAAGCUGUCUCACGCGUGGAAGAGACAAACCUUGAGGCUCACAGAAGAAUGCGGACUCGCUCCGCCACCAGGCUACAAGUCUCACCUCUGGUGAUUGAUCUCGACGAACAGGGGGGAAACGAAGCAGCAGCAAGAGAAGGCAACCAGAUAGCUGUAAUCGCAAUCGAUCCGACUGGUGAUGGAGGAAGCAGCAGACAAGAAUGUAGCAAAAGGAUCAACACUCGUUCUUCUCCGCAGGUUGCAAUGCUAGCGCUUGAGCCUUUGCCUCUGCGAAGAAGUAAGAGAGCUAGCCAGGAAAUGGCGAACAAGAGAAAGCUCUCUGGAGGAGAGGCUAACCGAGGGACGAGAAUCAUUAGAAAACGAGGAGUGCUAGUUGAUGACAUGUAA